AUGGAGCUCCAUCAGUCAGGGCGUGUGUGGAAUAAGGACUGGGUCUCUUUCCUCAGGCCGUGGAUACCCAUACUGCUGGGCCUGCACAUGCAGUUCUCCCGGGCGUCCGGGUCCAGCUGCCCAGAGGAGUGCCGCUGUGACAGGACCUUUGUUUACUGCAAUGAGAGGAGCCUGACCUCGGUGCCUCUAGGGAUCGGAGAGGGCUACAAGACCCUCUACCUCCACAACAAUCAGAUAAACAACGCCGGCUUCCCCUUGGAGUUUCACCACGUAGCCUCCGUGGAGAAUGUCUAUCUCUACGGCAACCAGCUUGACGAGUUCCCCAUCAACCUGCCCAAGAAUGUUCGGGUGCUGCACCUGCAGGAGAACAAUAUCCAGACCAUCUCCCGGACCGCACUGGCCCAGCUGCUGUGGCUGGAGGAGCUACAUCUGGACGAUAACUCCAUCUCCACGGUUGGGGUGGAAGAAGGGGCGUUCAGAGAGGCCAUCAGCCUCAAGAUGCUCUUCCUUACAAAGAAUCACCUGAGCAGCGUUCCUAUUGGUUUACCGGAAGAUCUCAAAGAGCUGCGAUUGGACGAGAACCGGAUCGCGGUUAUCGCAGAGGAGGCGUUCAGGAAUGUGACGAGGUUAGAGCGCCUCCUGCUGGAUGGGAACCUGCUGACAGACGAAGGUGUGGCGCCUGGAACCUUCCAGGACCUGGUAAUGCUCCGGGAGCUGUCGCUGGCACGAAACUCCCUCACCUACCCGCCCCCGCUGCUCCCGGGGGACGUUCUGGUGAAGCUGAACUUUCAGGAUAAUCAGAUGAAUGAGAUCCCUGUGACGUCCUUCGAGGGACUGAGAAGGCUAGAGAGGCUGGAUAUUUCCAACAACCAGCUGCAGUCCCUGACACAGGGGGUCUUUGAGGGCCUCGUCAGCCUCAGACAGCUCACUGUUCGGAACAACCUUUGGCUGUGUGACUGCAGCAUUAACUGGGUCAUACUGUGGUUAAAGUCCCUGCCAACCUCCCUCAACGUGCGCGGCUUCAUGUGCCAGAAGCCUGAGAGGGUCCGUGGCAUGGUAAUCAGAGAGCUGAACACUGAGCUGAUCCAGUGCCCUCACAGCACCACGACUGCCCCGCCGCCCAUCAACCUGCCCCCCACCUCACCAGGCCUCACCUCCCGCUCCCCUCCCUCCUCGACAGACUCCCCAUCAGACAUGCACUCCCUCUCUCCCCCCUCUAAGCUCCCCUCCUCACCCACACAUCACCCCCCUCUCUUCUCCUCGUCCCCUCCCAGAGACGGGGAACAGAGGACUAACUUGCCACCCCUGGACCCAGAGCGGGAGAACCUGCAAAUCAAGUUCACCAUACUCAACGGUUCAGCCAUCCACGUCAGCUGGGUGGCCUCCUUCCCUGUCACAGCCUACAAGGUCACCUGGGCCAAGAUGGGUCCCAGCCUGUCUGGAGACACGGUCCGGGAUAGGAUGGUGGGAGGGGAGCACCGGGGCAUACGGUUGGCCAACCUCGAGCCUAAAUCCACCUACCGGAUCUGUGUCAUCCCCUUAGACGCGUUCAAUAACUACCGGCCCAAGGAUGAUACAGUGUGUUCAGAGGCUGUGACUAAGCCGGUCUCCUAUGGUCCAGAUAAUAAUAAAGGUCCAUUGUGGCCGGAGCAGGCCACCCAGCAGGACCCCAGCUCUCCCUUCCUCCUGGCUGGCCUCAUUGGAGGCGCUGUGAUUGUUGUCCUGGUGCUUCUCCUCAGCAUAUUCUGCUGGCACAUGCACAAGAAGGACCGGUCGUCCUCGACCAAUUGGAAAUACAACAAGGGCAGGAGAAAAGAUGACUAUGGAGAGGCAGGGACCAAAAAGGAUAACUCUAUACUGGAAAUGACUGAGACCAGCUUCCAGAUAGUGUCCCUGAACAACGAGCAGCUCCUGAAGGGAGACUACCGCAUACAGCCCAUGUAUACCCCUAAUGGGGGCAUAGGCUUCAGAGACUUCCCUGUGGGGAACAAUAGCACAGUAUACUGCAAGAACAAUGUUCAAGCAGACACAGACUUUUGCCGUGCAUGA